AUGUUCGGACUUGAUUGGAAACGCGCUCUGAUUGGGGUCCUCCUCCUCGAGUCUUUAGGCUCGGCUCUUGUUCUGCCUCCAAGAGACGUCGCUGCUCAACCGAAUGAGUUGUCGGCCAAGAGCCGACGCGAAAGCACUGGCCCACAUGCAGGUCUCUACAUCCGUGACGACGAGAACAGUAAGAAAUGGGAAUUGGAUACUGCGCCAACGUACUUUGAUUGA